GCACACUUAUCCAACACACUGCACCGGCUCAUAGUGCUGCAAAAGGUUUUCGCCCGGCACAAAGUGUUGGAAAGCGCUGCCGAUUGUGCCCAAAACGUAAACAAUCAAAAAAUUGUUUAUUUUCGUUUAUUUUUCGGCAUAAAAUCGAAACUAAAUCCACAGCAUGAAAUUCAAGUAAAUCGCCGGCAACGCAAGCGAAGAGUUCCACGUGAGUCAGCAGCCAGAAGCCAGGUAGUCGACGGGUAAGGAGCGAUACCCAAGGGGUGAAACCACGCCACCAUGUUCAAACUGGAGUCCUACAUCACUCCGAUUCUGCUGAACCACGUGGCCAAAUAUGUGAAGAACUUCCGAGACGAGGAUGCCCAGGUCUCGCUGUGGGAGGGCGAGGUCACCUUCCAGAAUUUGGACCUGCGGCUGGAGGUGCUCGAGGAAGAGCUCAAUCUACCUGUGGAGCUGGUUUCCGGCCACAUCCAUGAGCUAAGCAUACAGGUGCCGUGGACCAAGCUGAUGUCCGAGCCGGUGAAGAUCGUCAUCAACACGAUCGAGUUCGUGGCCAAGCUGCCGGACAGCGAGAGCAAGCAGCGACGCGACUCAUUCCAGCAGGAGCAGCGCCGCAAAUCGAAGCGAACGUCAGCGGAGGCGGCGGACCAGCAGCCCAAGAGCCCCGCCCCGGCCAGCAGCUCCAGCGUGGUGAAUAAGAUCAUCAACAACAUUACGCUGCAGUGUCACAACAUCAUCCUGAAGUACGUCGAGGACGAUAUCGUGGUCUCCAUGAACGUACAGUGCCUGAACUUCACCUCCGCCGGUGAAGACUGGAAGCCCACCAUGGUAGACAUGCAUCCCGUGUCUGUGGUCAUGAGAAAGUUGCUCCAAAUAUCUGAUUUGACCAUCUGUCUGGACAAACGGAACACUGCUGGCCGGAUUGAGGUUUGCCAGGAGCCGGUGCUCUAUCGCUGCAGCUUAGAAUGUCGAGUCCUACGAAAAUACAACGCCAAUACGGUAAACACCUCGAGCACCACACGCGUGGGAGUGUUCACCAAGGCGUUGGACAUCAAUGUGUCUUCCCUGCAAUUCCCAAUGGUAAUGAGACUAGUGAAAUUGCUUAUCGAACUAAAACCGGCCCCGUCCGAGGAGGAACCGACGAACACGAACGACCAGGCGGAUGAAACGACCGAAGCUCACCCGACACAGGAGGGCACCGAGCCCAAUGGACAGAGUUUGCUCUGGUGGGCCUGGAACAAGUUGCCCAGCUUUGAGGCUGAGGCGCCAGUUACCAUGUGUGACGAACGGGUUGGCCACGCCUUUGACAUAGGCAUCUAUGCUGAGGAGCUGAACUUCCAGCUUAAGAACUCGGAGUACUUCACAGACCACAGCAUGGGCGGCAUCAAGCGGAUACGGUACACCCCGAUACUGCGGAUCAGCCUGGGCGGGCUCUACUAUGAGCGGUCGGAACUAAAGGAGUGCGAGUGGACAAAUGUGAAGGCAGGGUUGUCGAGCAUGUGUAUGGAGCCGCUGGGUAUUUACCGAAGCCAGGACCUCGUUGAUCGCACUCUAGUCAAUACGGAGUCGUUUAUGGACGAGCGUUCCUUCAUCGAUAAGAGCCUGUUCGACGAGCACUACAUGUUUGCUGAGCGGACGUGGUGCAGCUACAACUACGAGGACUAUGCCGCUCGGAACACGGAUGAGUAUAUGCUGUUCCGCAGCCCCGUUCUGGCUUUCGACAUUGUCGAGUACAGGGUACCAUCCAAGACGAACCACCCCAGCCACCCGGUGGCAGAGAGCCAACUGCGGGAUUCGGGACUUCGGAUUCAGUACCGUCUGCUGUCCGCCGGAAUCACCUUCCAUUUUUCGCAGUCUUUUGCGCAGGUUAAGAAUGUAAUUACCGAUUUAAUUCGUCCUUACGAUUACUCGGGAUAUCAUUCAGAAAGUGUAAGCGAUGUGAAGGCUCUUGAGGAGCAUGCCGACAUGACCGUGCCGGACUUGGAAUAUCUGGUGGCCCUCGUACCCACUUGCAACUACAAAAUUGAGCUGCGCAACAUCGUCAUUCAGCUAUAUCCACGCCAACAGCAGGAGGAGACAUCGGCAAGUAAUCAGCACCAACUGACGACCACGGUGAAGCAGUCCCUGUUGCCAUAUCUGCAGCUGAAGAUUUCCUUGGUGGAGGGCACCAUGUGCGGUCCAGCCAAUCCCAAACGCCUUGUCCAGCUCAUCACUCAUCUACAGGACAAGCCUAGGGAGGUGAUUAACGCCUGCUACAACUGCUACAGCUUCAGCCUCAAGAAUGUGACGCUGAUAAUUCUGAACACCACCCCGGACGGUGGGCAGGCCAAGCUCUUGAGCAUUCCACGCAUGCAGGUGAACUGGAACCGCCUGCUGCUCCCUAAUCUCUGGCGGCAGAACGAAGCAGCAGCCCUGGAGAAGGCGGAUCUGAAGUCAGAGAUAAUGGCCUUGGAGUUCUCUAAGCGCGAAUUGAUUCUCGCCAAGCGACUUGUUCCGCUUAUUUUGAGUUUCGACGGGUCAGAGCUUUGUUACCUAGCCCAUUUAGUGUCCCAGGCUAAUGUCCAUUCCGAUGUGAUCAAGCUGCAAACUGUGGGCUCCAAGCUUAACCUGAGCUACAACAAGUAUCUCUCGCACUUAGCUGCCGUUGGUUCUCUACAAGGCAUCCAGGCCGACGUCGUUAACACCAAAAUGAAUGCCCGAAACGUUGUGCUGUCCACCUCGGCGAAUGUUAACAACAAGUGGCUAGAGAUGCAGCUCCAGUUCCCCCUAGAGGAAGCCAAUCAGGAGGUGCAGAAGAGGGAAAAGACGCCUGGCACUGUGGUGUGUCUCUGGAUGGAACCAUUUUGCAUCACCACCGAUGUUUACCUUCUGCAGUUUAUGAACUUUUCGCAUCAUAGCGGGAAGAAGAAAACAAAGGAAAAUGAAGGUGAUACCGAGGUAGAGACGUUUAGCCAUUCGGAGCCUAUCGCGCAAUCUCUCUCCAACUACUCCACUAUAUCCGCCAUGAACGAUCUUCAGCCACGUCGCAUUAGCAGAAACAACAGUCGCAAGAUCUCUGUACCCGAGGAGACCGUUCAUCUAAGUUCUGAGCGCGAUGAGAGGCAUACUCAAACGGAGCCCAUAAACCUAGUGUUGAGCAGUAAUAAGGCCAAAGCGACCACCUUUGAUUCUACGCAGCUGGUACAUCGCCUAAGUAAUCUGGUAGUGCUGGUAGAGAUCACCCAGGCCCAGGUGAACGUGUGCGAGGCGAUGAUGCGAAAGAAGUCAACAGAAGUGGAUGUUGAGUACACCUCGAUCCGCUUACCCAAUGUUAAGAUAAAAUCAGGCAAUUGCGACUCCAUUCAGCGUGGCAAUAUCAGAUCCGUAGUCUGGGUCGCCCCCAAAGCGGAGCUCAUCAAUUGGGUCAUCGACUUGAACGAGUUCAAUGUGUGCUGCUGCAAAUCAAAUGUGGCUGAUACGAUAGUGGCUCCGGUUAGGACAACUAUAACCCUGGCUCUGUCCCAUAAGGUAGCCGAAGCAGAGGAUGAUAGAAGCAACCAGGAAAGAAAAACCAAAUCAUCUGAGGAAUCGUUUGAACAAGGAACUUACUCCAUAAAUGUGCAUGUGGAUAUGUCGGCUAUCAAUAUAUUCGCACAGCGGCUAAAACUGUUGCACGAGCACUGUCGGAUCCUUUCCAAAGCGUACUCCUCCUUUUAUCCGGAUGAACCUUCUACUUCAAAGUGUAGACCCGCUGAAAUCAAGCCCAGACUUGAGGUUUACACCGGCAGUUCACAGAACUAUUCGGUGAUCAGGGAGUUCCUGGAGCUAGAUCCCAACUUUGAAGCACCUAAAGCUGAAGCUGCUCAGAAGAUCUCGCUUGUAAUAUUCUGCCAAUGGACCAUACCUAGAAUCUGCUUGGAAAUGGAGAACUCCGUUAAUACUAAUCACAGUAAAAUCGUCGCCACCCUGGAGGACCUUCUUCUCAAUAUCGACAGACACAGUGACUUCACCAAGAUUACCACAAAAGUAGAAAACUUUGGCCUUAAUUAUUACAAGGAGAAGCAAACUCAGGAUUGGGAAAGGAUCGAGGACUUUCACAUUAAAAUGCUGGGGGAUGCUGGCACAAACUUGCCUCUAUUCAGUGUGGUGGUCACCACAGUCAGCCUGCAGGAUCUGUAUGCAAAGAUUGGAGCAAGGAAUCCCCACAACAAGCAGCACACCAUUUCUGAGGUGCUAAUCGACGUGCAGCCCAUUGAGAUGGUGUUGGAUUUGGAUCAAAUAACCGAGUUUAUGAUACCCCUGUGUGAGGUCCUACAGAUAAUGCAAAGUCCCAGUCCUGAACAGAUGCAGUCCCAUUCGCCAUCAGUUCCCAGCCAGAUUACCACGGUUCAAGACCUGCCCAUGGUGCAUUUGAACAGCAAAGGCAUCUAUGUUUACCUUCCCUUAUCGACGGGCAGAAAGAGCUGCAGUGUAUUGUUACUCAGGAUCGAGAGCAUCCAGCUAACGCCGAGCCUUGAAAAUCCCUUGGUACGCCAACUCGUCCGCCCGGAUAUCUACCAGAAGGCCGCCGAGCUGAACAUGCUAAAUACUCCAGGCGCCUUGGUCGAAGAUCGUCAGUAUGAGCUAAGCGUAAGGAAGGUAUCGCUAUCCACAGGCAACUGGAAGCAGACACAGAGAUAUCGGCUCGAGAAGAGCUUGGCCAGCAAGCACAACAACCCAGCCUUUGAGUGGAACAACCAGAGUCAAGCCACCGAACUGCAUCACAUGGAGAUAUUCAAAGAUUUUGACUUCAUCAUGAUCUAUGCUCCGGCCAUGAGCUACGAUCGCUAUCUUGUAUGCGGCCAGAGUGUAGAGUACAAUUGCGUGACGGACUUUGUUUCCUCGUUAAACACUCAUCAAAUCAGCCUGAUUAGCUGCCUUAUCGUUCGUAUGCAACGGCUAAAUUGCAUCAUCGAUAACGUUUGUGUGCCGAAGAAAGAUAGUGUAUCCAAAGAAGGAUCCCUUCAAGCACUUGGCGCAGUAUCCGGACGCGGAAGCACUAGCGAUACCGCUUUAUUGUCCUCUUCCUAUCCCAAAAAAUGCUGUCAAAGUUUUGCGAAAAGGAAGAAUUCUAGACAGGAGGUGUCCGAAAAGCAGAGGAGCUCCAGUUUCUUGGACGCAAGAGGCAGUAGCGACAUUUUUUACGGUUCUUGCCAAAGCGAUUCAGGCAUCAACUUGUCAGGCAGUCGUGGGAAGGGAAAUCCAAGAUCCGUGGCUGCCGAUGACCUUCAUCGUGGCUAUCCCCGCAGCGUGUCUUUUGUUGCUGGCAUAUUCGUGUUGAAAAUUUACGAUGUACUGGACCUGGAGGAUCUUGAGGUGUUGGAACGUCCAGCGAUGAAGCCGCUUCUUUUGAUACUGGUCUCCCAGCCCAGUUUCAUAUCCACGCAGAACCUGAAGGCUUCUGUAACUCAAGCCUCGAUUUUUAAUAUCAACGUAAAUGUGGCGACUCCUUCGACAGGGGAGAAUAACACGGAUUUGGAUCAGUUUAAUGAGCCCAUCCUUGAUACAUUGCCUGGCCAACUGAGCAGCUCGGGGAUUCCUCCUCCCCUGCUGACCAUGCGGACGCAGUACGAUCGUCUCCAGCAAAAGGAAUUGGAUGUGGAGCUUCGUAAGCCCAUCCUGCUUCGAUUAUGUGAGACGAGAGUUAAGCAACUGGCCAGUGACGUGAUCCGCAUCUACACGGUUCUCCACGAGACUCCCUGCUUUGCCGUUCGUAGUCAGCGUCCUGUGGAGGAAGGUUCGCAGCUCCAGCAGAUGAAGACGAACUGCUACAACGCAGACAGGAUGCAUUUAUCCAGCGAUCGUAUAACCAUUAAGUUUUACGACGAGGAACGAUCGUACAAGUGCAGCUUGGUGUGCCUGGACUUCAGCACCCGCAUCAAGUUCAGUACCCGACCGCAAAAAGCUGUCAUUAGGUCCACUUUGGGAUCAAUCUAUGUGCAGUCGGGGGGAAAGAUGUUACUGCAUCCGUUGCUAAUGCGUUUGUCAGUGGAUCUGGUCAGUGAGCCGUGGUGCGACGAACUCUUUAUCAAUGCCACCUUCAAGCUGAACUUCCUUCAUGUAGAUGCUAGUGUUCUUAGUAUUUUGCAACUGCAAAAGGCACAGGAUGGUGUCAAUCGGAUUCGGGAGUAUGUCAAUGAGGAGUGGCAGCAAUUCCUCCAUCAUCGCCCUGUACUGGGCACUCCGGAGGAGAUCUCGCCCUGCGACUUAAUCAAGUGCACGCCGUCAAAUGAGUCCAUAGAGAGGUUCAAAAGGCCAAUGAAAUCUAUUGCUGAAUUCUACCAGGAUGAUCUCAGAGCUGGUGCCUUCCAGUUUGUGUACCUAAACUCAGAGUCCGUGCUGCCCAUGCCCUACCAAGUGCAGAUCAUCAAGAAGAACUAUGGGAUUAUAUGCUGGCGCUACCCGCAGCCCCGCCAGAUGACCAGCAUCCUCAUAUAUCCAGUGCCCAUGCCAGUUAGUGGUUGACCUAAAUCGGAAUGAAUCUCUAUUAAUAAUCAAUUUGCAUGUGAAAAGGUCAGCCAUCCCAUACACAUUAGAUGUC